AUGCCUGCUGGACAGUAUAUCGAGCGAGAGGCCAGUGGGUCUAAAUCCCAGUUUGCGCCAGGCCAUAAGAUCCCUGUACAACACUUGUCAAAGCCGGGUCUGCAGUCUGACAUGGGAGAUCCCAAGCCUGUGUCUACUCAUAUUCCUACCGAGGAUUACGGUUAUCAGAUCUACAAAGCUGCUGGAAAGCUCGAAGGAAAAAGAGCAAUCAUCACCGGAGGUGAUUCUGGAAUUGGCCGGGCAAUUGCAAUCUUGUACGCAAUGGAGGGUGCGUCAAGUCUAAUUGUUUACUUGCCAGAAGAGGAGUCGGAUGCGCAAGUGACAAAGAAGAGAGUCGAAGAAUAUGGACAGAAAUGCCACACUCUCGCUAUCGACAUCCGCAAGAAGGAGAAUUGUCAGAAGAUCAUCAAUAUGGCCUUGGAAAAGAUGGGUGGCAUUGACAUUCUUGUGAACAACGCCGCGUUCCAAGACAUGCUGAGCGAUAUCAGCGAGCUCGAUGAAUCCCAGUGGGAGAAAUCUUUCGAAACCAACAUUCACUCAUUCUUUUACCUCGCCAAGUAUUCUCUUGUUCACAUGAAGCAGGGAGCUACCAUCAUCAAUUGCGCAUCCGUCAAUCCUUAUAUUGGCCGAGGCGAUCUCCUGGAUUACACCUCGACCAAAGGAGCAAUUGUCGCAUUUACUCGCGCUUUGUCAAACCAGCAGAUAAAGAAAGGCAUUCGGGUCAAUUGUGUUUGCCCCGGUCCAAACCAAGUCUGGACGCCUCUGAUUCCGGCCACAAUGCAAACCGGGCCUAUGGAACAGUUCCAUACAGUGCCGAUUGGUCGACCGGGUCAGCCUAGCGAGGUCGCAACAUGUUUCGUUUUCCUCGCAAGCCAGGACAGCAGCUAUAUCUCCGGACAGUGUUUGCAUCCCAACGGAGGUAUGAUGGUCAAUGGAUAG